GGGAGAAGUAUUGAAGAUGGUGAUGAAGAAAGAAAUCAAAGAAUGAGAAUAAUGUCCUUAGUUCUUUCUUUCCGUCUUUCUGCACUAUAUAUAUAUAUGCAAAACAACUACUACGUACUUUAAUCUUCCUUAGACAAAAAUAUGCCACACCUUGGGCGACAAUUUUGGUGUGCCGAAUGCUCUUGGGAAACGGACAUCCCGACCACAUACGACCACAUUUCGCCGGCCGCUAUAACCACCUGCCCACGGUGCUCCGCCACCCGAAUUUUUAAUCGGAGAGUGGUAGCGGUUCCGGCAUAUGAUGAGGAGUCUACGAGCCAACCUAGGAGCAGACCGGAACUGUCGAUCCUAGCGUUGUUGUUAGCAAUGGCUUUAUAUGAUAGAGAAUUAUUAAGCAAUCAAUUGACGGAGGGAAGUGAGACGGCAGCCGUAGCAGAUGCAAUUAUUGACAGAAUCCCGACGGUGACGGUCACCGCAUCUCACCUGAAAGACGAUGAUUCCAACGCCUGUUCUGUUUGCAAGGAAGAGUUCCAGGUCGGGGACGACGCCAGGGAGUUGCCCUGCAAACACCUAUACCACUCCGAUUGCAUUCUCCCCUGGUUGAGGAUUAAAAAUUCCUGCCCCCUCUGCCGCCGUGAGCUUCCCCUUCCUCCGCCGGGAACACAGGAGGAAGCGGCCGCAGCAGUAGUGGAUGAACAAUCUGAAGAAGAAGCUGAAUUAGAAGAUUCCGCAGCAGAAUUAGAACCGCAAUCGGAGAUAACUAGCCGCCGUGUACUGCCACCAGAAGAAGCUGAAUUAGAAGUCGUGGAAGAGCAAUUUGGGAGUAGAAGCCGCCGUGUGCAGCCGCCGCUCUCGGGGGGAAUACGGGAAGAAGAAUCUCAAAGGCAGGAGAAGAGUAGUGUUCGGACGAGGACGGCCGCCGUACCUAAUUUAUGCUUGGGCCUCGCCGUGGCUUUCUCUACAACCAUUGUAAUUCUCAUCAAAGUGUACAAUCAUUUUCAUUUUGAUCCAGUUUGACUUUGACUUCGAAUUCUCGAAAAAAUUAAACAAAUACAAAAUCACACUAUUCAACUCGAUUCGAUUCGUUUACAAUCCUAAUUGGAAAUGUGCACUUAUCCGUCAAACACCC